GCAGUGCCCCAGGCGGUGUUGCUGGAGCUGACAGCCCCUCGUGUGGUGACACAGUCCGUACCCAGCAUCUUGUCCUGCCACCGAGCCCGCUGACCGCCUGUGCUUUCCUUCCUGCAGUGUGCAAGUACGUGGCGGUGGAGCUGAAAUCCGCUUUUGAGGAGACUGGCAAGACAAAGGAAGUGAUUGACACCAAGUACGGCUUCCUGGAUGGGAAGGGCUCUGCCAUCAAGUACACGCAGUCGGACAUCCGGUUAAUUGAGGUGACGGAGAACAUCUGCAAGCGGCUGUUGGAUUACAACCUGCACAAGGAGAGGAGUGGCAGUAACAGAUUUGCAAAGGGCAUGUCGGAGACGUUCGAGACCCUGCACAACCUGGUGCACAAGGGCGUCAAGGUGGUGAUGGACAUCCCCUACGAGCUGUGGAACGAGACCUCCGCUGAGGUGGCUGACCUCAAAAAGCAGUGCGACGUGCUGGUGGAGGAGUACGAAGACGUGAUCGAGGACUGGUACAGGAACCACCAGACGGAGGAUCUCUCCCAGUUUCUCUGUGCCGACCAUGUGCUAAAAGGGAAGGACACAAGCUGCCUGGCAGAGAAGUGGACUGGCAAGAAGGGCGACUUGGCAAGCGUGGGGGAGAAGCAGAGCAAG